GAGCUAACAAUUGCAAAGAGCCUUGACUACGAAUCGCACCAGGAGCACCAUUUCCUGAUUGCCCUGUUCGCCCCUGGUGAUGCUGAAGCGAUGACGACCUACAUCAGCGUUGUUGUGCAUGUGGUAGAUGUGAAUGAAUUCGCCCCCGUAUUCGCCUCACAAAACUCCUUUGCGGUUUCUGUGGAUACCCCACUGGGAAGCACCAUUGGAAGGGUGUCCGCUUUUGACCCUGAUUUCUACGGAGAUUGGGGAAGAGGCAUCUCAUACUCGAUCACUCCAGGUCGACAUGCCGACUACUUUUCCAUCGACACCAAAACCGGAGUCCUUCGUCUAGACAAACACCUAUGGCCCAUGCAGGCUCCAACCUCUGUUUACUGGCCCCCAACCUACUACAUAAACGUGGCAGCUCAGGAUUUGGGGGGUCGCGUCAGCCACACCGUAGUCACAGUCUCGCUGAACCCCGGUCCCGGCGCCGUCUUUGCCCCUCUUCCUCGCUUCCGCCAAUCCAUAUUCACCGCUAAUGUGACAGAGAACAUCCCAGCUGGUCAUAUUAUCACUUCUUUGAGAGAUUACAUAGAAGGGGAUGUGGCUAUCCCGAUGUCGUUCAGACUUCUCAACUGGAAUGAAAAGUUCACAGUUUCGACGAUGUCGGGUUUAUUGGCGACUUUGGUCCCCCUUGACAGAGAAGUACAGGACCUCUACCGUCUCAAAGUGCAAGUUUCAGGUGUAGAUGGGAUGCCAGCGAAACUGCCACAAACAGCCACUAUUGAGGUUUUUGUCCUUGACGUGAAUGAUCACCCUCCUCGCCUUGACUCGCACUGGAUGGCAGGCGUAAUCUUCGAAUCCGCACUUCCUAUGGUUCCAGUUCAAACCGAAGGCGGUCGUAAGGCUCUCACGAUUCGCCCAGUCGACCCUGAUUUGGGGCCAGCAGGACAGCCGUCUUUCAAGUUUGUUGGACCUGCGGCAGACCUCCACGAUGAAGUGUUUGGCAUCGACCCGAAUACGGGUAUUCUUCAUCUCAAGGGCAAGCUAGAUCGGGAAACCGUGCCCGAGUAUCUCCUGACCAUUGAGGUGGCGGAUCAGGGCGAGCCGAUUUCCUUGACUUCCGACGCCCUUCUUCGUGUGCGUGUGAGGAUCCUCGACGUGAACGACUCGCCCCCUCAGUUCAUUGAUUUCAAUCCGGUGGUCGCAAAUGUCUUCCUACCACAAUACGAGGGUGCAGAAGUUGCACGGUUCUAUGCAGUUGAUCCCGAUCUAAAUGAUUUGAUCACCUACCACAUCGGUGGCGGCAAUGGCAACGGUUUCUUUUCAAUUGACACCUCAACCGGCGUCCUCCGAGUCUCGUCGCAGUUGGCCGCCUUGACUUCAGUUACCCAGCGACAAUUCCUUCUACAAAUUGAGGCCAAGGAUAACGGAUCGGUGCACACAGCAACGCACAAUCUUUCCGUACUCAUUCACCCAACGCAUCUUUCGAAAAGAUUAAUUAUAGAACCUACUGGUGGACUUAACAUAAGUCUUAUUGAGCAUUUCUCAAACCAUGGCCUCCAACAGUAUCUGGGACAGGUCUACGUUCGUAAUGCGCUUCCAGGAGAGAUUUUCCGAUUUGAACUCGCAAAUGCGUCGACUCGCGCAUUUUCUAUCGACCAUUUUACUGGAGCUGUGUACGCGACUGGGGACGUCUCGGCCAGCGCGGAGCUAGAUCGUGAAGUGAGCCCUGUCAUCACCCUGCGUGUUCUUGUUCGAGAUCACAUCUUUGUGUCCGGCCCAAGUCAUCCACGUCUCGGGGAGGGCAUCGUAAACAUUCAACUGGAGGACAUCAAUGACCAUGCGCCUGUUUUUGUGGGCCAGCCCUAUCACGCAAUAUUUUGUGUUAAGGAAAACCUGGAACGGCAUGACCAGGCAAAGCUGCCUGAUCGAGCGCCACCUCACUACCUCUCCCUUUUGAGACAGGCCUGUCAGUCGAAUUACUUUAAGGUUCAGGCAACAGAUGCCGACUCCGGUCGUAACGGCGAAGUGUCAUACCGCAUCAUCAGCAUCGAGCCGCGCACCGAACCACCGCUCCUCUCGAUCGACCCCAUCUCCGGCCGUCUUUCUCUUAUCCGCUCCGUGCCGCCCGAUUGGGCCGGCAAACGGCUCUCGGCCAUCGUUCGCGCCAUCGACGGAGGGCAAAAGUUUACAGACGCCCUAGUUGAGGUCGAGUUGUCUGGUCGUCGUGGUCCAAGGUUCGCUAGUCCGCAUUACAAGGCGUUUGUCUCCGAGAGCGCUGAAAUUGGCGAAUCAGUGACCAGUGUGACGGCUCACAGUGCCUCGGGAAGCACAUUACUCUAUCGAUUGGUUUCGGUCGAAGCAGGGGCACUUAAAUCGGGUGUCACUGAUAGCCCCUUUGUAUUGGAAUACGAUACCGGUGUUAUUCGGGUGGGUGCUGUGUUAGACUAUGAGAAGACAACGCAUUACAACCUUCUUGUCGAAGCACUCGACACAACAACCGGAGGAUCUGCUCGCGUCAACGUCUACGUCAAUGUCACAGACGUAAAUGACGAACGACCGGUAUUUCCAGUGCCUGUUUACAAGGCCGUGGUUUCCGAAUCGGAAGACGUCGGCACAAUUAUCCCCCUUCACCCCUCGUUUCUGGCAACCGAUGCGGAUCCGGGAGUAAACGGGCAGUUGCGAUACUAUCUUCGACCUUUGGCUGAUUUUGAAGCGGUGAUCGGACCGAAUUCAUCGGUCCCAGGGCUAGGGAUCGAUCCACUCAGUGGUGCUAUUCGGAUCUCGGAGAAACUAGACUUCGAGCAGCAGAGGUCGCUGACGUUUUGGAUCGUCGCCGUCGAUGGUGGCUCGCCUCCACUAUUUGGCAGGUCUAUCGUAGAGGCUGGUCUGAUAGCAGCUCUCUCAAUUUCCUGUGUUUGCAUCCACGAAGUAAAACUAAUCGUCUGUCUUUUGCACCUCCUGAUCGCGAUCACCAUUAACGUAUUUAUCACUGAAUUACUCGAGGCGUUGUGUCCUCUGUUCUGUGUUGAUGCUCUCUGUGCAAUGUACUGCAUUUUGCCUGUUCCCUUGCAUCACCUGCUCACAAUCCUCGACGCGAAUGACAAUCCUCCCCGAUUCGACCUGGACCCCGAUUCCACUCAAGUUUCGGAAUUCGCUUGUCGUCGUGAGGUGACAAUCACCGCAAUCGCUCCCACUGACUCCUUCGUCCUUCAGCUCCUUGCUUCUGACGUUGACGUCAACGACACUCUCACUUACCGUGUAUUGCCAUCGAGCGACGAAAUGUUCCAUAUCGAUAGCAUGAACGGAUCCGUCUAUUGGCGACCACCUCAAACGCCCGAUGGGCAGAACAGACUGGCUAAAGCCCUCCUUGCCUUCGAGGCCGGCAACCGUGGAGAUGGUGCCGGUCUUUCAUUCGAGGUUGAAGUCUCUGAUGGGAUUCACUUAGCAACCUGUAAGGUGGAUGUGAAUGUGUCACCUGACAACUGGAACGCACCCCACUUCCCUCCAGUUGGUGGUGGUGGUGGACGGCGAGUCGAGGUUUCUGAAGCUCUCCCUGUUGGAAGUCACAUCGUCCAGAUCGGUCCAGCUCUAGACGCGGACAUCGGGCGGUUCGGAGAGAUCACCUACACCCUGCUUAAUAACGCCAACCACACUUUCAAACUUGACCCAAAAACAGGCGACCUGACGCUGGUGGCACCCUUGGAUCGCGAAACGACCGACUUUUAUGCGCUCACAAUAAUGGCCUCUGAUUUGGGCGGUUUGUCGGACUUCACAACUCUCGAUGUCGUCGUGACGGAUGCCAACGACAACGCGCCAGUAAUGGAGCAAAUCAGAUACGAGCCCUCCUCACUCGACACGAAGGAUGUCACGUGGUUGGAUUACUCGGUUAUGCGUCUGUGCUUUGUUGUCGAAGCGAAAUAUCUCCAGCAUUGCAGACGUUGCGCUCUUGAAUUCUCACUGUGUCAAGGAUGUCCCGAACCCAGACUGUGUCCCGGCAAAAUGAAGCAUUGUGGCAUGCGUGAACUUUGGGGAUUUGCGAAGAAAUCAUUACCGCCGCACCCGAUUCUUCGCCUGGCCCCCAUGUCACGAAAGGGCAACUUCUUCUUUACAUGUGCGCUAAUUUCUCCCCACAUUCUUCCCUCAGUCCGCCUCCGUAAAUCGCUGGAAGACCGUCAAAUGUGUGAUCAGCCCAAGGCAUGCCUGCAAGCCCUAAAAAGUGGGGCAAGCGCGUUAACCUUUCUCCUGCCCCCCACCCCCUCCUGGCCAACGCGUGAGCAACUGGCCCGGCAGUUUUGCGGGAUCACUUUUUCGCCCAGCGAGUACAGCGGCAACAGGUGGAUGACAUUUGUGCCAGCCGGGGAGCUGCGUCUUCCACUGCGCAUAAGUGCUCACGAUGCAGACACCGGCGCCAACUCCCGAAUAACCUAUCGUCUGCUAACGCAGCACACCAACUCAACUGCCUUUCCAUUCGCCAUUGACUCGCAAAGUGGAGAUAUUCUCUUGACGAAACCGCUGACGCCCGGCACCGGUGACUUCGGCUUCUUCGUUGAGGCCUGUGAUCAGCCAGAAGGCGCGAGGCCACUUUGUUCCGAACCGGUGGGCGUAACCAUCUACAUGGCUGACGUGGAGCUUCCUUGGAAGGUUGCUGCCUCUUGCAGUGCUGUGUCCGUCACGGAGGCUACUUAUGACCUGGACGAACCGGUUGCCCGUUGCCAACUCACAAAUGGUUCCAGCGUAGCGGGUACGUGGUCACUUCUGGGCGCUCGUGAUUCCCUCAGUUCCUUUAUAAUCGAUCCCCAAACCGGCGUCAUCCACGCCACUCGCCAGCUCGACUACGAGGCGCAGCCCUCACACGACCUCGUCGUUCAGUAUCGUGUUUCCCCUAGCGACACCGACCUCCGCGCUCCCCUCAUCGCCGUAAGUCGCGUGAGUAUUGAGGUGGAGGAUGUCAAUGAUUGCUCGCCCGUCUUGCAAUCGGAUCUCAAAUCACGAAUCCGCGUGCCUGAAAAUCUUCCCCCUGGUAAACGUGUUUACCGAUUUGUUGCUCAUGACUGUGAUGCCGCUGAUAAGGGCCUUCUAUCGUACUCUCUUCGACAGAAGUCUGGCUUUAUUUCCGACCCAUCGUUCAUUCCAUUUUCAAUCGAUUCCGACGGUUGGGUGAUGGUAACUGGAUCAAUUGAUCGCGAAGCAACACCUCUAUAUGAGCUCACUGUCACGGUGUCGGAUACUUUUGACCACACCUCAGUUGUCUUCCUCACAAUUGAAGUCUUCGAUCUAAAUGACACCCCGCCUGAAUGGCAGGCCCGCGGAGAAAUCGCUGAGGACUCGCCCUCCUCUGAAAUUCAUGUCCUAGAAAACCAAGUGCCAAACCAACCGGUUUUUACGUUUCCGAUCAAAGACAGCGACUCUAGGUCAGACAGUGCUCUCAUGAAGUUUUAUCAAGUUGGAGGCAGCGUCCAGCAAUUCGCCAUUUCAACGACUGGCAAGGUGUAUGUGCGGACUCCGCUGGAUGCAGAAUCGUCUGAAAGUUACGUGUUGCUCGUAAAAGCUUUUGAUGGCGUUCAUGCAACCAGCCGCCCGUUUGAACUUAAAAUUCUCGUCGAUGACAUCAAUGACAAUUCCCCUGUUUGUCAUGUCCCCGACCGGGAGACCGAGGUUUUGGAAUCAGCCCCACCUGGUACGGUACUCUUCCGUCUAAACGCCACGGAUGCAGAUGUUCUCGAUGAACACUCGGUCCUUACUUACCAUCUUUCGGAGCGUCAAGAUGACGUCGCCGUCUUUAAUGUCGACGCCAAUUCCGGAGUUGUAACCUUGGCAUGGAAAUUGGACUACGAGACGAAAAAAUCCUACUUCCUGAAAGUUGACGCUAGGGACAAGGAUAGUCAGUUUUGUCACUACAACCUCCACGUUUACGUUCUGGAUGUCAACGAUAAUGCACCCGUUUUUGAGCAACCAAUCACAAUCACCCCGGUUCCUGAAGAUGCCCCGGUUGGUAGCUUGAUAGGAAAAGUUCAUGCGACGGAUGCCGAUUCCGUCGACGCGAACGGUCUAGAGUACAGUCUCGCGACGCCAACAAACGCCAAUUUCUCCGUGGACAAGAGCUCAGGCCUUCUCCGCGUGGCUCAGCCGCUUGACCGCGAGACACUCGCGGUGCACGAGCUCGUCGUUGUCGUCGCCGACGGAGGUGCUCUUCAGCCCCGCAGGCACCCCUCCCACCGCCCCCAUCGUCGUCACACGGCGACCGCCAGCGUGACGAUCCGCCUCGUGGACGUGAACGACUCGCCGCCGCAGUUCACCGAGCCUCGACCGCACGCCAGCGUCUCCGAGCUCACACCGGUCGGGAGCCUCGUCAUGCAGCUGACGGCCAUCAGCUUGGACGAGGGCGAAAAUGCUGUGGUGAGGUAUCGACUGCUCGAAGACCAACCGGAAUUCACCCUCAACUCUACCACUGAUGCUCUCACUGCUGACACGAGGAGCUGGUGGGGCCGCACUCAACCUGUUUUCAGGUCUGUCGGGGUUUCGGGUAGCAUGACUGCGGCCUCGUCUACAAAUGACCUCAAUAUCUAUCGAUCUGACUUGAAUGGCACUCAUUCAGAACGACUUGGCACCGCUCCCAGUCAGCCACGACCAUGUUUUGCCUUCACUAACCUCGGCCUCCCUACUAAGUACGCUCGCCAACAAACAUUACCCCUACGUGCACACAUCUACAGACGCUAUUUGGUUGAGCCACCUAACGACCAGUUGGAUCCUCAUUGUGUUAGGCGCUUUCAUUGUCCUGGGGAAGACAUCGGUUGCUCCGACAUGGGUGAGCUUUACCUAACCAGCGCCCUGGACUACGAGCACACUCCGCGCUUUUUCCUGACCAUCGAGGCCAAGGACGGGGGUUCACCACCGCUGAGUUCCACAACCAUCGCGACAAUCAACGUGAUCGACGUUAACGACAACAGGCCAUACUUCAUCGGGCAGGAUUCGCUGCCCCUCGCAGACAACCACACUGCUUCCACCGACAGCCAUGUUGGGCUAUUCACUUUCGAGGCCUACGAGAACAGUCCAGUUGGGACGCAGAUUGGUCGGGCAAGUGGACAUUAUCGUAACACUGCCUCUUGUUCGCGUCCUUCGUGUGCCCGUGUCUACAUAACAGCUGGAGAUGCAGAUUCCGGUGUGAACGGCCGUCUUUCAUACGCAUUUUGCGACCCCAAUCGACAGCCCGAUGUGGUGUUUACAUACCCCAGCGCUCCUCAGCCUCCGGCAGUCUCCCGUCUCUUCCGCAUCGGGGAGUCCAAGGGCGAACUUUCCUUCCUCUUUACACCCGAUCGGGAAGAAGUGUCAGAGUACCGGUUCGCUGUUUGCGUCUCCGACCACGGCGACCCGGUGCAAUCGGCGAUGACUGAGGUCCGGGUCAUUAUUCGUGACACAAACGACUGUCAGCCGCACUUUGAGAGGGGCAACUUCGAGGUUUAUGUCCAGGACUUGAGAAACAUCUCGCAGCUGAAUGCCGAUGAAGUUCUUUUGAGUCAUUUGGCGGUGACGGAUUUGGACACCUUCCCCAACGCAGGGCCGUUUAGGUGUGAGCUAUCUGGAUUCGUGGUGUCCCCCACAGCCCUCCGGGACAGUUCAGCACCGCUCUUUUCGGUCCGCUCGAACCCGACCCUCCCCUCAAAUGACACCACAGCCCCACCCUCUUUCCGGGGGCUUGAGCCCCACCAGACGGGAUUUUGUUCAGUUUAUGCAGCACGCAUCUUACCGCUCGGAAGCAAGAGUUUGGUAGUUCACGUCUAUGACAACGGAAUGACUGCUCUUCAGUCGACCGCAACACUUACAGUUCACGUUUCGCGUCAAUCUAACCUACCUCCGGAAAUCGUCAGUUCCAAUUCGACUCUUGUGGUGUUUCGCAACAUCACUGGAUCCUCCUUGGGGCCUCGUUUUGACCUUGGUCAUUCCAUGACGUCCACCAAGUCCCAGAAGUUACAUGACGUCCCGGUGAUGCGAGUGACGGUCCGCGAUCGGACGGCCUACGAUCAACUUUUCUUCGAACUCCUCGAACCGGCGGCUCCACAGUUUGUGAUAGAUCAAUACGAUGGGAGUAUUCGGUUGAGACCUCGGUUGGAGCCGGGGCGGUCCGUGACUGCGCCUCCUCCCCAGUCAGACCCCUCCGUCUCUUGGCUGGAGCCUGCUCUGCCGAAACUACCACCUGCCGCCCAAGUCAACUCUGGCGAUUAUAGGCUCCAAGUUAAAGUCACCAAUGGGUCGCUUAGUACUAAUGACACCAUGUUUGUGAAGGUUAUCACUGUAACUGAAGAGAUGCUCGAAUCCGCCUGCGUUCUCCACGUCUCUGAGUUGUCGCCAAACGAACUUUUCAUCCUGCACCUUGACACAGUCAUCAAGGAAGAACUAGCCCGGAGUCUCCUACUCGACCCAUCCGCGCGCGAUGCCUCGCUAAACAGCAACGUGUACAUCAUCUCGGCUCAGCAGUCGUCGAUGUUUUUACGACGGGAGAAGCGGAGUGUCGGUGGUGGUGGCGGCGGUGGGGUGGAUCUUCUAAUCGCCGUCUACGACCCCUUGGAAAGAAGUUUCAUCGAGCCGGGACACUUGGUUCAGAGUAUUCACGCCAUGCAAGCAAAUCUAUCACGCAUUGUCGGACAUCAAGUCCAUGCUUUCAACAGCCUUUGUGCGCAGAAGAAAUGCGAGUCAGGGAGCUGCGUAACACGGGUCAUUCUGGACGCGCAAUCGGAGCCGAACGUCUUCGAAGUGCACGGUGUGAGCCACGUGAGCCCGCGCUUCGCCCUCCUCGCGACCUGCCGCUGCCCUGCCAACUUCGCAGGCGGCGCCUGUGACCGGCCCCUGAGCGUGUGCGCCUCGGUGGCCUGCAGGGCGCCCCGCGUCUGCGUGGCCUCCCCCACCGCCCCAGGCGUCCACGCCUGCGUGUGCCCGCCCCCCUUGACUGGCGCCAACUGCGAGGUGCUCAACCGCCCUUCGGCCGACCCCAAGGCCUGCUUCUCUGAGACCUGCUUCCAACAAAGAGAAAAUGGGCCACUUCAGUUUACUGGAGGCAGUUUUAUUCACUGGCAAGUUGCUAAACCUGGUGAGCACAAAAUCGAAAUUGCAUUUUCCAUCCGCACCCGUCAACAAAGCGGACCCCUCUUGUCAAUCAACUGGAACGUCCUGCGUUCACUCCGCAUUCGUCUGAUCGAGAACGGAAAUUUGGCAGUGUCUCCUGUCGAUUUCGUUAGCGGUGUCCCCACAACCGACUGGCUCGUUUCAGGUACCCCUCGGCUAAACGAUGGCCACUGGCAUCGGGUGAGGUUCACUCUUUUCGCAAGUGCUUCCGAACAAUCUGAUCUCCAAUGGUGGGCUGAACUAACGAUUGAUGGAAUACAUACAUACUUAGAAAAUGUCGAUUGGGCCCCUGGUGACACAGAGAGCCAGGAUGUCCUGUUUGGUGCUGAAUUGGUCCACGGAUUCCGCCCUCUCCCUGAGGUUUUUUUCCCCAAAGACUGGGUCGCCACAACGCCUGAUGAACCGUUGGAUGCUGCGUGGCCAAACUUCAACUACUCCGCACCUCCGGCUGUAUUGAGAUCCGGUUUUGUCGGUUGUAUAAGGAACGUCCUUAUUGAUCGUGUGAAGCCACCGUACCAACUGGGUUUAACUCCCCAACAAACCGUGCUCUUCUCGCGUCAAAAUCACAAACCAAUUGCUGGAGUCCCUGACGGGCAGCUGCCAGUCGGAGGUGUGCCAGCAUUGCAGGUGGUUCGGACGCUAAACCUCGAUUACCACUGUUUAGCAAGGGCGACAUACGACGGGUCGUGUGCGUACGCGCCCUGCCGAAACGGCGGCACCUGCGUCUCGCACCGUGCACUCGCCUUUUCGCAGCUCGGCAAGGGUCCUGCGGCCGUCGGCCCGUCCGACUUCAACUGUACGUGCCAACGCGACUUCCAAGGUCCUCGGUGCGAGGUGGUCACCGACCCGUGCGCAUUGCAGCCGUGCCGCAAUGGCGCUAGUUGUCGAAGUGUUGGCACGCGAAUGCCCGGUCAGCCUACGAGCUACACGUGUGUGUGUCCACCCGGGUUUUCCGGUGCCCACUGCGACCGCUCCGACGCAGCCAAUGGGAGUAGUGCGUGUGCCCACGCCGAGGCCCUGCUGUCCCACCAAUCGCCGGUGUGCCACCACGGUGCGCGGUGCCAGGAUGCCCCGAGUGGGCCCUUCUGCGCGUGCCCCCUUGGCUGGCGUGGAGGCCGUUGUGAGCACGAUCUCGACGAGUGUCUUCUUGCCUCGGAGGCCUUUGCCGAUGACGUCGGCGACAAUGUCUCUGCCCAAUCUGCUAAUCCUCUGUGCAACCCUUACGCAUCGCACCGAGGUGUCUGCAUCAAUCUGCCGGGCUCCUAUCAAUGCAACUGCAGCCUCGGCUAUGCUGGCAGAAAUUGCCAAAUCAGGGCAAGUUUCGAUUAG